AUGUUCAACCCAUACGCACCACCUCGUGGCAAAAGUGCGCUCAUUGCAUCAUUGACACCUGAUAGAGACGACCUUCCUUCACUUGACAGCUUGAAUCCCGAUAAUUUGAAAGAUUUGACUAAAGAGGUAUUGAGCGAUCUCUUGAAAGCACACAAUGUAAUUCCAGGAGGAUCAAAACCAGAGAUGAAGAAACAAGUUAGAACAUUGAUUCAUUCUAUAAAUAGUAAUACACCAUUACCAACAUCGAUACAGAUGCCCAAGGUAUCGAAUAUCGCAAUGCCAGCCGUUCCAACAGGCACCAUGCAUCCAGCUGCCGGCGCCAACACAGCACAACAACUCGCUUCAACACACAAGGUGCAGACCCAACUCCAAAUGAAGCUCGUCAACGAGGCCGCACACUAUGCCCAGCAAAUUGCAUUCCACCGCAUGACUAUGCGUAAAGACGACCAGGCCGCAUUCUACUCGUGUCCACGAUGCGACAAGGUCCUCGGUGUCAAUGGAUCGCAGUUGUGGCGUCACGUCCAAUCAGAGCAUCCCGACCUCUUUGUCCCACUCCUCAAACAAAAUAUUUAUAAUGGUGGAUUGGUAGGCGACCAAUCUGACAUUUUAUCGCUCAGCAAAGAGGCCGCUCAAGAACGAAUCAAUACCACUGCCCAAUGGCUCAAAGAAUUAUUUUCCCCUUCCCUCCUUUUAAACAGCAACAAUAGUAACGUAAACAACUCUGACAAAGACAAUGAUCAUACACGUCUAGAAAAAAUCAAAGGUUAUGAAUCCAGAUUAGAAUCAUUGGUUCAAUCUUUUGAUCAUAGAAUUUCAACUAGUAUUGAAUCAAUUCAAUCAGAUUCAAAUUUAUUUUAUCAAUUUUAUAAUCAAUUAUCUGAAGUUAAUACUAUUGAUGAAUUGGAAAAUCUAACCAAACAAUAUGAAAAAGUUAAAAAUAUUCAUUUCUCUCCCAAACCUUUAUUAAUUACACCAAUCCUAAAUCAACAAUCUCAACCAGGUGUAAAUAAUGAUUUAAUCAUUCAACAAUUAUAG